AUGUGCCAGCACUUCAGAUAUCAAGGAAUCUUUGACGACGCCAUAAGAUUAAGACUGUUUCCACAUACUUUGCGGGACAAAGCGAUUGAAUGGCUUGAUUUUCAGCCGAUAGCCAGCAUUACUACCUGGAAUGACCUAGCUCAGAAGUUCUGUACUAAGUUCUUCCCACCGGCCAAGAUAGCAAAGCUAAAGCACGACAUAUCUAUCUUCAGGCAAGUACCAAAGAAAACACCAGGAGUUUAUGAAGUGGAUGUAUAUUCAGCAUUAUUUGCUAAGAUUGAUUCCUUAUUUCACAAGGUGGAAAACAUCACCCAGUCAGCUAACGUAGCGCAGACAAAGAAGGCAAAUUGUGAGGAAUGUGGAGCUGAGCAUGUGACAGCAGAAUGCCCAAUUUUGACACAAGGAAAAGAGCAAGCAGAUUUUGCUCAAUGGGGACAACGCCAGCAGAAUAACGUGUAUGGAGAGACCUUCAACCCAAGCUGGAAAAAGCACCCCAACUUUUCUUGGAGUAACCAAAAUCAGAACAGGCCAUAG